CUCUCACCAUCAUUAUCCUUCCUAUAUUUACAUCAGAUUUUUUACAUCAUCUCUACACCCAAAACACAGUCCAUACCAUAUACCCUCUCAAAGGCCAUGUCAUCAAACUGCGACGAUUGCACCUUCAACCAAUAUGUACUGUACUGGCUAGUCUAUUAUAGCUGGCACUGGAUCCUUUUCUGGAUCUACGUAUGCUGGUGGGAAGACUCGAGAAUUAUUCAUCGUUCAAGGCUAGAGCCUCCGCCAAGUCCAAUCUCGUGGCUCGAAAGGAAAGGAUAUCUACAUACGAGAAAGGAUGCUCGCCGUCUAUUUAUUAUCCAUCUUAUUCUCCUGGCUUUAGAACCAGUAGAAGGAUACUGGAUCUUGACAGGAUGGUACCGGGCGUGGUUACCAGCAUGGACCAUGGUGCCAGAUCCCUAUGAUAUUGGGGGAAAUUUCGGUCGAUAUAUAGGUUUGAUUGCUCUCCCAGUAGGGCUAGUCAUGUUUUCCCUGGUAGGGGUGAUAUUGAUGAUAUCAACCGUGACGCAUCUGCGGGAGUUGUGGUCCUGGGAACCGGCCGAUGUCCAAGCCACUGAGAAUGGAGGUGGGAAAAUGCAUUAAGAGUGGAAGAGACAGAGUGGGGGUAAUAUAGCAACAAGCACCUGCUUUUGUUUCAGUUACUACGUUUGAUUUACUGUGAUUCAUUACUAGAGACUGGAGAACGAAAGGGCACCGCGGUCCAGUCAUGCUACUUGGCGGUGGUCAAGUUUCUGGCAAUUAACAGUAAUGGAGGGGGUGUUGCAUUUGGUGGAGUUGCUCUGUAUACCCCAAUCCAUACUUGCACAUGUGGAUCCAUAUAUCUUAGCUAUCUCUGCUCCCGGGAUGGUGAUGGGUUGUGCUUAGGGACGGACGGAGAAUUGAACUAUAGUAUAGGGGAGAGAGACUUUUCUCCACAAACUGUUGAGUGAUAUGGACUCCUCUUUCUUUAAGAGUUCCUUUAUUUUUUCUAGUAUCCAUCUAGGGUAUUCUGUCCUCAGCUCUAUAGGGAUACUAGUGAUUGCUGUAAUCGAAAAUAUACUCGCAUAUUACGAGCGAAUCGCGCCUGUUUUAUGUUUCAAUUGUGUUCUCUAUUCUUUUCUCGUUUUUCUUUUCUGUGAUCUUAUCUGACCAUAAUUAUUAAGAAAGGCUAGAAAGAUAUUAUAUGUUUAUAAUGUAUAAUACAAGACUAACCAUUCAUAUAUAGAUCAA